AUGUCCGACCAUGAGGUCCAACCGCCGGUAGAGAUGGUGCUAGAUGCUGCCACCCCGAAGGCCAAGGCAGGCAAGAGCAAGGAGAAGAAAGCGUCCUCGGAGACCAAACGCUCUGUCCGGUGGUGCGAUGAGAGUGUGGCGACACUCUUUCGCCUCCGUUACGACUCGCAUUUGGCAAAAAGGUUCGAGUCCAAGAAAAACACCGAGAAGAAGACGGCGUACGUGAUGUUGGCGGCGGAGCUUGGUGCUCGGAAGAUAGGGUACUUGGUGCCGCUGGAGUCCCCGAGCAGCAACGCAGUCACACGGUCCUUCGUCUUGCCACCACACUUGACUCACCCCGUCUUAUCUCCGCUGGUGUUGAUUGUCUUGGUUGACACGGUCGAUGCAGUGCUCUCGCAUGAGAGCCUUGACGCGUUCCGAGAAGGACUCCAGUGCGUCCCACCCAUCUUGGGGCGUGUCUUGGCCAACGCGAGUGCGACAGCGGAGAGAGAAAUCAUAACGGCGUUUGAACCCGUCGGCCCAGUGCCAGCCAGCAAGGAACUUAUGGUCGUCGAGUCCUAG